AUGCAUCGAGCAGCAGCGGUACUCCUCAGUCUUGAGGUUCUGGAGAGACCCAGGGCUGCAGCUUCGUGCGCGCUGCAGAGGACAGUUUCUCUCUGCUCCCUCUCCCAGAUGCGCAGGAUCCCAGCCAGGAGCCCAGAGCCCGAAGCCGGGGUCACGGCCGUGCUGGAGCUGGGAGCUCCGCUGGAGAUGAUCCAGCUUCUGCAGACCCCCUGGGAGGAGAGAUUCAAAAUUUGCCUGGGCCUUGUGGAGCUGCUGUUCUACUUGGCACACUCCCCUCUGGGCUCAAUAGUGCUCUUGGACUUCCAGCCGAGGCAGUUUGUUAUGGUGGAUGGGAACCUCAAAGUGACAGACAUGGAUGAUGCCAGCACCGAGGAGCUGUCGUGUGAGGAGGAUAAUGACUGCACUCUUGACUUCCCCACAAAAAGCUUUCCUCUCCAGUGCUCUUCAGCUGGGAAGUGUGAAGGAAUAAACGAGAAGAGGAAUCUCUUCAAUGCGUAUCGGUAUUUCUUCACCUAUCUUCUGCCACACUCUGCACCACCAGCUUUGCAGCCCUUUUUGAGUGAUAUUCUUAAUGCAACAGGUAACUUACGAUAUGGAAUAAAUGAAACCCUGAGAGCUUUUGAAAAGGUUUUACAUCUGUACAAGUCUGGGUUCUAUUUACAGAAAAGACCUCUUCUUCUGAAAGACUACAUCUCCCUGCGGGGUUUCCGGACGGAGGAAGCCAAGGCCUAUAAGUGCUGGCCUUCCUACAGCCACCUGGGCUGCCUGCUCUCUGUCCACAGCCCCGAGGAGGCCGCUGCCAUUUGUAGCUCCCAGCCACAGUGUCAGAGUUUCAUCAUCACCCAGCAAAGAACGUGGACAGGACGCCCACUCGCCUCAUUUCAGAGCAGCCCAACUGAUUUAAUACCGGAUACUACUGCUGUAGUCUAUAUUAAACGAUCAGCUUCCUUAGGGAGAAGACUUUAAAGACAAUGAGAUCGCAUAAAAACAAUCUUGGGAGGAACAGAUCGCUGGGGAGAAGUUCAUCUCCUGAAAGGAAUAACAUGCUUUAUUUUGCUCGGGUUGUGAUCUCCCGCCAGCUCAGAUUGAGUCAAAUGCUGCUGUCUCCUUGAUCAAAGCUCCAAUUUCUUGUUGCAGAAUGCUCCUUCCCCGCAGCCCCGCUAGCUUGUUUAGCUGUUCCCACACUGCUGUUCUGCAUAAACAAUCCCAGUUUUAGUCAAAUGUGGCCAAGCUCUGCAAUACCUAGCCUUAUUGCUUCAGUAGUCAGCUUGUCAGCCAAGAAAUAGCAAUAGCUGCAGGGACCUGGCUGGAGUAAGCCCAGUUUGCUCAGCAGACUUCAAAUAACUUAGAAAUAACACAUGCUGGAGAAUGGAGCGGCUCCUCCUGCAGCUACCAACAAGGUUUCACACCACUGCAGAUGGAAGGGCUGGGACCUCAGUGAGGGGGUACAGGUUGGGGUCCAUAUCCAGAGGUUGAAGCUGGGGAUGGCCUUCUGAAGAGGGUCAUGGUUCAGCUCCUUUGGUCAGAGAAGGGAGAUGGUGCAGAGGUCAGCUCUGGAGCCCAGUGUCAGGGUGCUUGGAUGCAGGAUUUGGGUUUGACCAGGUGUGAUUUGCAAUACCAGCUCCCAUGUAUCAACCUUGAAGGUUUUUCUGUUACUUUCCAUGAAAGAGCGAGACAUUCAAAUUAUUUAUGUACGAAGUGUAACUCUGUAUGGUAAAGAAUGACUUUAUUCUAA